AUGGACCAAUACGUGGAAUACAGCGACACACUGCUUUCGCAAAUGCCAGAUACCAUUAACAACCAUCCAUCUCCCGGUUUAGAGGCCGUCUCAAGCAUUGUUGCCAAUGCAAACGAGAGUCCGGCAAAGCGUGCGCCCUCGCCAUUGCUCAUGCAACGCCCACAGAGCUCUGGGAUUGACCUUACGGCGUUUUCUUUCGCAAAGCCUCUCCCCUCUGGGAAGACCUUUUCUCUACAACCCACGGAACGAUCGGGUCAAGGCGGUCGUAAGCCACAUGAGACUGAAUCCCGAAAGAAGCUCACACCAGUUGAAGUGUGUGGUACCCCAACCCAGAGAGGCCAAUUCAGACAACCUAGGAACCCUUUAGUCAACCUUGGGGACACUCUACACACCCACAUCUCGGAAGGAUUGCAGCCACCAACAGGCCAAACCCAGGAGGGGCAGACGACAAAAAGCAAGGAUAUCACACAUUCAGAUACAAUAUCUGGUGGUCAAGGUGACUCUGAAUGUCCGACCAAAGCUCCAAAUACAGGAAGGGUCCAGUCACAGUGCGCUUCAAACCCCCAGCUCUUGUCUCCUGAGAAUGAGGACUCAGAGUCCCCCGUGUUGAUCAUACCAGGGUACCUAUCACAGGCUGUAUAUAAAUUCACCAAAACUAACCGUCACCAGACCGAAAAUACACCUCAAGAAUUGCCGAGGCGCACCUCUGAUAGAGUAAAGAGAAAGCACUCGACUGAAGGCAGUGGGCAUGGAGGAACCCCAACAGCCGAUACUUCUACAGUUAUCCAAGCACCAGAGGUCCUUGAGGGCAAUGGUGUCAGUGGACCCAAAAAGCGCCGCCGUACGAGCGGGCGGAAGACCUCCUCAUACUCGGUAGUGCCUGCUGAUAGUGACACUCAAAUGACUGAGGAAGCCUUGUUUCAAAUCUUGAUAGCCCGGAUGAAGGAACGCGAAGAAAAGGAAGCCGCUGCUCUUGAUGCAAGGGAAGAGCUGGAGGGUAAACUCUCCAUAUUGGUUGAGGAAAAUCAAGUCCUGCGGCGUCAGCUCGAGGCCAUGGUCAUCCGGCUACAAAAGAAGAUCGCUGAGUCCAAGUCGUAUCGAUCCCAGAUAGAUGGUUGGAAAAAUCGGGUCGCAAAUUUCAAAGGCCUCCUCAAUGAGGUUGGUUCUGAUUAUGAGACCCUCCGCAGCGAGGUGGUGCAUCUCAAGACAUCAAAGGAAUCGCUUGCUGGAGAAAGCAGAGAAAUAUUGACAGAGAUCACGGAUCUGAGCAGACAAGUCUCCAACGCUACCAACACAAUGAGCGAGUUGCGAAAAGCAAUCGCUAAAUCACAGGACACGAUCAACACCUUACAGCUGGCUCUGACGAGCGAGGAAGCAAAGUGUGCAUCUGUUUACGUCCAGCUAUCCGAUGAAAAGAAAAGAGCGCUUUCUUUAGAGGCCUACAUCGGAGAGACGUCGAAUGCACAAUCAACCCUGCUGAGUUGUCUGAGAGCCGAUCAACUCAACUUGGUGAAGAAACUUGAUUCUGCAUUAGAGUCCAUGAACAAACGACUCGAAGCCUCGCAUACUAGCACUCAAUCUGUUUUGGAGAAUGCUUUGAAAAAGUGCCUUGAAUCUCUCAGCUACAUGAACGAGGAGUAUACUGAAGGAAAGAUCGACAUACAGAAAUAUAACGAGACAUUCCAGGAAGCUUUGGCUCGCAUGCAAGAGGCCACUCUCAACCUCGCCGCAGAACUCAGAACCAGCUCGGAGACAAACAGGAAUUUGUCGACGGAGCUGAAAAGCCAACUACAGAGUGUUGAGGGCGAAAUUGGUCCAGGUUCGACUCUGUUGGAACAGUUGACUGCCACAAAAGCAAGUUGCACAUCUCUGGGAGCCAUCUUAAACACAUCCGUGUCGUGCGUUGAACAACUCGACAAAUCAAUCAAAGACGCACAGGAUCGAGAAUACAAUCUUAUGGAGCAAAUGGGCCAUCUGCAACAGAAGCUUUCUGAGGACAAAGCCCUUCCAGACCGUGAGGAAGAAGGCAGCUAUGCAACAAUUUCAAAGCAAGUUGAGCUUGAAGAUAGGUUGAAGCUGCUAUCCACGGAGCUCGCAGACUUGGUCAAUAACCUUCAGGUCAAGGAAGAUGAUAUCACACAGUUAAACGUUGCUCUACUCGAAGCCACCGGACGGCUACACGAUGCAGAGACACGGGCAAAUCAAGCUGAAAAUGAAGUUACCGGACUGCAGGAGAGGGUUAAGUCGAUCGAAGUCGAAGUCCGCGCAGAACUAACUAGAGCAAGUGUGAUCUCACGAGACCAGAUUAAGGCAAAAUAUGAACAGCAGUUACAUGAGCUUCUCAGAGAAAAGACAGAAGCAUGCAGUGCUGUGGAAGCCAUGGCCAACAAGCUUCUUGCCGUCGAGAAAAGUCUCGUGGAAAGCGAAGAGUCUUGGGGAAAGAAGAAGAAGGAACUAGAAGACCUGAUUGCGGAGAAAGAAUGUCAGAUUCAGGAUAUGGAGAGCCAGUGCACAGAGAAGGAACAAAAGCUCGCGGAGAAAGACGCUGUAAUCAAGAGGCUGCAAGACGAGGAAGCCGCGAGGACUGCAGAGAAGACAUCGUUGCUGCAACUACUCAACGCAGCCAAUGAGGAAGUCCUUAGUCUUGAGAGCAAGCUGUCCACGUUGAACACGGAUACUAAGGAGGAGCCCCAACGGAAACUUGCCACUCUCCAAUCGGACAUCUUGAAGAAGGAAGAGGAGUACAACAAGAUUUGCAGCGAACUCUCAGCUGCAAAUUUGGAACGUUCCAACUUGGAGUCCGGAAAGAUAAAGGCCAAGGCAGAGAUUUAUGCACUGCUCCGAAGGGUUCAAGACUCUGAAGCCUGGCUCAAGAAGAUUAGGAAGUCAAUGUGUCAGAGUGGCAUGAUGUCGCCAGAGCAGCCUUUCUCAGAAGUAUGGAGCAAGCUGGAGAGUCUCCUCAAUUCGUCCUCAAAAGCUCAGUUGAAGAGCCCUGGACAUGACAACUCUGUCGCCCUCCCGAACAUCGGCGGUCUUUCGGACUGUCAGGUUCCUUCAACACCCCAGCAUAUCAGUGGGAGUCUUGGAAGAGAAAUUGUCCAAACAGCAGAAGUGAUAUACAGGAGCCAAAGCAUUCAAAGGAGCACACAUGCAUCGCCGGUCGAAGGGUUAUCGAAAGGUUCAUACUUGGAAAACGCCAGCGAGGUCGAUCGUCCUCCACCAUCCCAACAAUCAGUCAACAUCGUACCCUUCUCGAGCAUUCGACAGCAAUUAUCCCUGGAUCCGUGCUCAAGCCCACAAGAUGCGCACAGUGAGUUUACCGAGAUGCUUCUCCUGACGCCAGAAGAGAAAGAGAUAGGUAAAACCACAUCCACAGAAGGCAAGGCAGAAUUGGUGGGACGUCCCGGAAUUCCAUUGGCCAAAGAACAAGUCGAUAUGGUGCCAUCUACGCAGAGAAACGAGGAAGGAAAUGCCGAUGUACAGAUGUGCGAAAAGUCCAACCCGGAUCCUGUUUCUUUUGAUAAACCUGAAAUACCUGCGUGCAAGAUCAAGGCCGUAACGUUUGAGAUGGAAGACCAAGGCGCACCGGCAGCGAAAGGUCAGGCCGAAGUGCCUGAGCACGUCAUCGACAAUGAAACACCCAAGAAACCAUCUGGCGCAAAGAAAUCGACUCGCACGGAUCAACGGACUUAUAGUAAGUCUGGGCAGUCGUCUACCACGAACGUGCCAAAACAGGAUGUAUCUCAGAAUGAAUUACGUGCUGCGGCAGCCAUGACCGAGGAUACCAAUAUUCCAUCUAGCAAAAACAAAAGGGCUAAGACAGCUACAGCCUCUUCCUGUCUAAAGAGGAAAGAUUCGGACUCUGGUUGCCUCGGACGCAAGACAAGUCCAACAAGAUUGGCGUCGGGCAGCAGCAAGACGCCAUCCGCGAAUGAGGAUCAAACCAGCAGCCAGUUACCAACCCGGAGUGCUAGGCCCACAAGACGUAGGAGCCGGGGUAGGAGAUAG